UCUCGCCUCGGGCAACGCAUAUUUCCGCUUCCCUCUCUCUGCCUCUUUCUCUUCCCUCUAUCUGCCUCUUUCUCUUCUCUUCGUUUCUGAUAGAAGCCAUGAUGAAUAAGCUUUUAUCUUCUUCUUCUUCUUCUUCCCUUAAUCUCAUCAAACCCUUUUCUUCUCUUCUCCAUCGAUUUGAUUCCGCCAAAUUCUCAUCAAUGCGUUGUUCCUUCACCUCAAUUUCUUCCAAGCAUGAAACCUCACCCCCUCCAUUAUCGAAACCCUACCAUCCCUUAUCCCAUCUCCGUCUCCGCUCACUCUAAAUCAUUUCCAAAAACCACCAUAGAAUUGGAGAAAAACGGUAUGUAUCAACUUUCUUAUUGCUGCUGCCUGCUUAGAUAAGGUCUCCAUAGAAUUCUUUUUUUUUUUUAAAAAAAGAAGAUAAGAACGAUAUCUUUGAGGGGCAUGAGGCAGCUGUAUAUUCUGUCUGUCCUCAUCACAAGGAGAGCAUUCAGUUUAUAUUUUCAACUGCCAUUGAUGGCAAAAUUAAAGCUUGGUUAUACGAUAAUAUGGGUUCUAGGGUUGAUUAUGAUGCCCCAGGUCAUUGGUGUACUACAGUGCUUCAUAGUGUUGAUGGAAGUAGACCGUUUUCUUGUGGAAUUAGUAAAGAUGGAGAGUCAUUUCUUGUUGAAUGGAAUGAAAGUGAAGGAGCCAUUAAGAGAACAUACAAUGGGUUCAGAAAGAAAUCCACUAGUGUUGUGCAGUUUGACACAACCCAAAAUCAAUUUUUGGCUGCUGGUGAAGAUGGCCAAAUCAAAUUUUGGGAUAUGGACAACAUUAAUCUUUUAACAAGCACUAAUGCAGAGGGUGGACUACAGGUGGAGUUAACUUUUUUAAGUCUUUUGGAAUAUAGCUUACACUUUAUAAGACAUUCCUUAUAUAAUUGUAUGAAUCUAUUAAGACCCUUCUGCUGUUAAUGUUAGUCCUGUCAACUGUAAAGUAGAAAAGAGCUCACCUGCAGGCCUUAUCCAAUUCUUGUAUGAAUCUGUCCUUGUAAACUCUGAAUGCCUGAUUUUGAUGCUAGCAUGAUGACUAUGAUAUACUAGUCAUAGUUUAACAAUUAGAAAUUUAUAUUUAAGCAUUAAAACUAAUGUUUCAUUUCUAUUAAUAUUUGUGCAAGCAUGUUGGAUCAGCUUGUUAUUUUUCUAAUUUCUUCUACUGGUAUCUUAAUUCCACUAUGUCAUACCCUUGCAUAUCGUAGAGGACUUAACAUCUUUUGGAUAUCUUUAUUAUUUGAUGUCUGUAUUUCUUUGUGAAAUUAUUCGAUUUAAUUUAUUUAUUUGAAGUCACUUUAUUAGUCAUGAAUUAUGUACUGUGUCUUAAUACUUGUUCACAACUCAUUGAUUGGUUUUGCCAUUUUCAACGAAGAAUGAAGUCAAUACCACAAGUCAAGAUGCGGAGAAAACUAGAGAACUGUGGAAGAUGGAGUAGAUAGAGCUAAACCAUGGCAACUGUCUGAAAUUGUGGUUGCUGAUGUUUUGGCACUUGGUUCAAAUGGUAUUCAGAAGUUGUGGAAGUGGGCUCGUAGUGAAAAAAAUCUCAAUGGGAAGCUAAUGAUAAUUCUUCUCUUA